UACACCUAACAUUCACCUUUGACCCACCUGUGAAGUUGAAUAUCCUUAAAAAGUCUCUCUCCGCCGUUGUGUGAUGGGAAAUCUUGUGGCACGGUGGUGUGCGCAGCCGAAUGUCCAGUUUCCAAGAGCUCCCUUUCCUCAUCUCCCUAGUUCCCCUGCUUUAAAUGAUUGUCUAUCUUCCCAAGUCAAAUCAAGAAUAGAUCUUCUGUUUGCUUCUUGGAUAAAACAAGUUGACGAGCUGCUUGAAUAUCCUUAUUGGUCUCCUGCCCAAGAACGUCAACUUAAAUUCUAUUCCGAAAAGCUAAGGUCCUCCUUGCAAGUAUUUCCAAGCUUUACAAUCACAGGUCAACCUAAUUCUAUAUAUUUAUCUUCCUUAUUUGUAAAAGCAAAGGAAUAUAUGAACCUUACUGCUAUUACUAGGCUAAUUAAGCUUAUGGGGAAGGAACCGGAUAUAAUAGAUAUUAAAAUUAAGUUUAAUAAUAAGAUGGGUCUGAAAAUUGUUGGAGACGAACUAGUGGCUCGACUGUCUGGGAUUUAUGAAGCCUGCAUGCACAUUUUUGACAAGCCAAAAGAUUCGAAUGUCGUGUGCCCAGAUUUCGCUUCUCAUUUCAUUUUUGACGAGAAGAAAUGUCAAGAACAAGAUGAGGAAGUUUUUGUUGGAUUCCAAGAGGAGGCUAGUGAUCUACUCAAAAGACUUGCGAGUAUCACGAAGAAGCAGCUUCAAGUGAUCUCAAUUGUCGGGAUGGCUGGACUAGGUAAGACGACUUUAGCUAGAAGACUUUAUAAUGAUCCCUAUUUAGUCUCGUACUUUCAUGUUCGUGUAUGGGUCUGUUGUUCUCAGGAUUAUCAACAGAGGGAUUUAUUGCUUGGCAUUUUAAGGUCUGUUGUUGAGAUUACUGAUCAAAUUUGUAGGAUGAAUGAUAACAUGUUAGCCCAUGAAUUGUAUCGUGCUUUAAUGGAUCGGAGAUAUCUGAUUGUAAUUGAUGAUAUCUGGAGUAGCGAGGCAUGGGAUGACUUGAAAAGAUGUUUUCCAAAUGAUAACAAUGGGAGUAAAAUUAUGUUGACCACCCGACUUGAAGAAGUGGCUUUACAUGCACAAUCUGAUGGGAAUCCACUUCAUUUGCGUUUCCUGACGGAAGAGGAAAGUUUUACUUUGCUCAGAAGGAAAGCUUUCAUCACUGAAGAUCUCUUUAACUAUUUGACUUUAAUUGGAAAGAGAAUUACUAAAAAAUGUCGGGGUUUGCCUCUUGCGGUUGUUGUAAUUGCUGGACUACUCAAAUCCAAUUUGAAGAUAGAAUGGUGGGCAGAGGUGGAGGAAAGAGUAAGUUCAUACAUUUUAACUGAUGAAAAUCGGUACAUGGAUACACUAGCAUUGAGUUAUGACCACCUGCCGCAAUACUUAAGACCUUGUUUUCUCUACUUUGGAGCAUUCCCAGAAGAUUAUGACAUUCCAGUUAGUAAGUUGGUUUGUUUGUGGAUUGCAGAAGGAUUCAUAUGUCACAAUAGCACAGAGAAGAGAUUGGAGGAUGUCGCGGCGGAUUAUUUGACAGAUCUUGCAAGUAGGAGUCUAGUUGUAUGUGAGAAAGGGUCUAUGGGUGCAAUCAAAACAUGUCGUAUUCAUGACCUCUUGCGUGACUUGAGCUUAAGAAAGGCCGAGGAGGAGAAUUUCUUACCAAAUAUUUACCACAAUAAACAUUCUUAUAGGUGUCCUCAUUCCUUAACGAGUCCUUCUAAGAAAUUCCAACUUUUGCUCAACACGAAUGUCCAUACUACGGGAUCAAACUGUUCUUGCUAUUCUUCUGAAGUGUCCGAAUUAUUUUUUAAGGAUGUUUCAAUUAUGUGGGAUACCUCUAAACUGAUCAGGGCUUUGAAUAUAUCAUCCAUAGAAUUAUUCAUGUUUCCAAGUGAACUAUUGCAACUUGUACACUUGAGGUACUUGGAAAUUCGUUUUAGAUCUGGCAACCCUCCAGAACAUAUAUCCAACCUGGCAGAACUCCAAACACUUAUCAUGUCAUCAAGGAUGAAUAUGGUUGUUCCAGAAAACAUGUGGAAGAUGAUAAAGUUAAGGCAUCUUUGUAUCAAGUCAGGUGAAAAUCUUGUGAAUUUCUCUAAUGUUGAUGAAGGACAAUAUUUAUUGGAAAAUUUGCAGACAUUGUCACUAGUGAGCCCUACUAGGCAAUGUCAACAUAUCCUAGCUAGAACUCGUAAUUUGCAGAAACUAGGUCUUUGUGGACCUUUCACAACAAAGAUUGGGGACAUAAAAUUUCCUGAUCUAGGCCUUCUAGUGCACCUUAAAACAUUGAAGUUGUUAAAUACAACUACUUUGUGCAAAGCCGGAAGAUUAAGCGACUCAAUUAUAUUCCCCCAAAGUCUUAAAAGUCUUUCUAUUUCAAAUACUUAUUUGGAUUGGAAGGAAGCUUGGGUGUUCGAAAUGAUACCUAACCUUGAAGUUCUCAAGUUGAAAUUGCAUGCCUUUGCUGGUAAAGUCUGGGAAACAAGUCCAGAAGCCUUCCCUCGGCUCAAAUUUUUGAAACUUGAUACAAUGGAUUUUGUGAUCUGGACAGCUUCUCGUAAUCAUUUUCCAGUGCUUCAGCGCUUACAGGUGUACCGAUGCCCAUAUCUGCUUGAACUUCCGGAUGACUUUGGUAAUAUAUGCACACUUGAGUGGAUUGGGUUGAGUGGAUGUAGUGAUGCUGCAACAGAGUCUGCAAGGGAUAUUCAGAAAGAGCAAGAGAGCCAGGGUAAUAAUUGGCUAAAGAUCCUUGUCAAUGCUGGACUAAAGCCUAACUAAAACCAAGCACAAAAGGGCAGGAAUUAUAGACUUUUCUGGCGGAUGCACAUCGGACAUUGACAGAUCUGAACUUGCAACUUGUGUCAAGCUCUUGAUAUCUAAUAGUUUGGAGUGAAAACCUAGUGAUUGCAG